AUGGCGUUAAUUAAAGAGGAGAGUGAAGAUAUAAAGAUUGAAGAAACAUUCAGAGUGAAACAAGAAGAUACUGAGGAAACAACAGACCUGAUGACACUGAAAGAGGAGAGUCAAGAACUGAAUGAAAUAGAAGCGAAAGACCAACAUGAGAAGCAUGAUGUCACAAAUAAAGAUAAAUCCAUACAGACUAAAACGAGUUUCUCACGAAAAAGAGCUCAGAAGACGGGCACUGGAAGCUUUUUCACCUGCUUUCAGUGUGGAAAGAGUUUCAAACAACAUGACAGCCUUCGAGCCCACAUGGGAAUUCACAAUGGAGAGAAGCUUUUCACCUGCCAACAGUGUGGAAAGAGUUUCAAUCAAAAAUAUGACCUUGGACUCCACAUGAGAAUUCACAAUGGAGAGAAGCCUUACAAAUGCGAACAGUGUGAGAAAAGUUUCACUUACAAAGGAGGUCUUAAUUCCCACAUGAGAACCCACACUAGAGAGAAGCCUUUCGCAUGUGACCAGUGUGGAAAGAGUUUUUCACAGAAGCACGUCCUUAAUUCCCACAUGAGCAGUCACACUAGAGAGAAGCCUUUCGCAUGUGGUCAGUGUGGAAAGGGUUUCAAACUUAAAGUGAGCCUUAAAAACCACAUGAGGAUUCACUCAGGAGACAACCGUUUUACAUGUAAUCAGUGUGAAAAGAGUUUCUGCAAUAAAGAUAGCCUCACGAGGCACAUGACACUUCACACUGGAGAGAAGCCUUACAAAUGCAAAGAGUGCGGCAAAAGUUUCACACAUAAAGCACUCCUUGUUUCGCACAUGAGAAGACACACUGGAGAAAGCCCGUUCACCUGUGAACAGUGUGGGAAGAGCUUUGCACGAAAAGGGAUUCUGCAGAUUCACAUGAGAAUUCACACUGGAGAAACACCAUUCACAUGUGACCAGUGUGGGAAGAGUUUCAAUCAUAAAUCAUCCCUUCAUUCACACAUGAUAGUUCACACUGGCGAAACACCAUUCACGUGUGAUCAGUGUGGAAAGAGUUUCAAUAAUAAAUCAACCCUUAAUGCACACAUGAGAGUUCACACUGGAGAGAAGCCUUACACCUGCGAACUCUGUGGGAAGAGCUUCACACAAAAGGGAAAUCUUAAGAAUCACAUGACAGUUCACACAGGAGAGAAGCCAUUCGUAUGUGUUGAGUGUGGAAAAUGUUUUAGACGUCACUCUGGCCUUAAUUUACAUAUGAAGAUUCACUCAGGAGAGCAAUGUCCUCAUUGUAGAAAGAGAUUCCCAGACAAGAAAUGCCUUGACAAGCACAGACUAGUUCACACUGGUGAGAAGUGCCAGCAGUGUGGAAAGACUUUCAGAUGCCUUAAGGUUCACAUGAGAAUUCACACUGGAGAGAAGCCUUUCACUUGCUCUCACUGUGGAAAGAGUUUCAAUCAGAACACACACCUUAAGGUUCACAUGAGACGUCACACUGGAGAGAAACCUUGUACAUGUGUUCAGUGCAAGAAAAGUUUCACAUAUCGAGGAGCCCUGAAGCGUCAUUUGCAAACUCGUUCUAGAAAGAAAUCGCAGGGCUCUGAAUGUGACAAAAAGUCUACAAAAGUCUAUAAAAGUCUGAAGUCUACAAAAAGCAGCGGUUUCAAAAAUCACCUGCGCAUCCACUCUGAAGAAAGGCAAUUUGAAUGUGAUAAGUGUGAUAAAAAAUGUAAUUUUCCAUCACACUUACAGAUACAUCUGAAAAGUCAUGCAGAUGUCAGACAUUAUUUUUGUUCUUUGUGUGGAAAGAGAUUUAAAUGGCUUGGUCAUUUAAAAUGGCACCAGAAAACACGUAUCUGUGUGAAACUAAGGCUACGUUCACGUAACAGCUGAAUGAGGGACGGAUAUAGUAGUGUACAUUCAUGAAUACAAG